AUGGCUACUGAGCAGACCUACAUUAUGAUUAAGCCUGAUGGCGUUCAGCGCGGUCUUGUUGGUAAGAUCAUCCAGCGUUUCGAGGACCGUGGCUUCCAGCUCGUUGCUAUGAAGCUUGUGCACGCCAGCCCUGAGCACCUUGAGAAGCACUACAAGGACCUCAAGGAGAAGCCCUUCUUCCCUGGUCUUGUCAAGUACAUGUCGUCGGGCCCCGUUGUCGCUAUGGUGUGGCAGGGUAAGGACGUCGUGAAGCAGGGCCGUGUUCUGCUUGGCGCUACCAACCCGCUGGCCUCGGCUCCGGGCACCAUCCGUGGUGACUUUGCCAUCGAUGUCGGUCGCAACAUCUGCCACGGCUCGGACUCGGUGGAGUCGGCCAAGGCUGAGAUUGCUCUCUGGUUCGGUGAGCAGGAUGGCACCAUCCCCUACACCCGUGCCAUUGACCAGUGGAUCUACGAGUAA